CUUAUAUCUGUUGCAUUUCCAAAAAUGUCUUGCAGUUUCAGAAACGCAUUAAUUUGACGUAGUCUGACGCUUUAAAUGCACACUUAAUUGCAUGGAAUCAUUCGUUUUCAGACUCGAGCUAGCGAUGUGAGGUACGGCCUGCUGAAGCCUCGGGUUUUCCUGAGCGCUCACACCGUGAAAGAGUUCCUCAAGAGUGGGCGCACUUGUAGCGUUAUUACGAUGACGACAGUAUUGCUCUUGUUGUUUAAAAUCGCAACAUUUAAGAAUGAUCAAAAAGGCACCAUAUCUGCUCAUGUAACAUACAUGCGUGUGGGUAAAGACAUUUUACGAAAUAUUGCUAAACAGUGAAGUUAGACAUUAAAUAGAAAUGCCGUCUGCAGUUUACAUGCGAAGUUUAUGCUUUGCAACUGCAAGAAUGAGAUCCAAAAGUCAAACGUAUGUGCUUUAUAGUCUCACUUAUACAUUGAAACCUGAUAGUCAACACUGUCAAAAGCGCUCAAGGCUCGAGUCCAGAUAUGUUAAGAAAAAAGUGCCAUCGCAUGUCAAACUCCGUGUAAAUCCAUUUGCAUUUUACCCCUGUUGUCUUGAGAACAAACCUAAGGUUGUUACGUGUGUGUGUACUGUUUCCUGAUCGUUUCUGUAAGUAGACAUGUCUGCAAAUAAACAUAGCUAAAGGAAAUGUAGUCCAAAACUGUACUUCAAGAACAUCCAUCCAUCCAUCCGUAGCACUUGUAAUGAUGGCAUGAACUUUUGGUGUUUACGUUUUUCUCUUUGGCUCAAUUUAUUUGACUCGAGCGAUAAUAAUCCAAGAGAGUCAUCGCUUUGGUCCAACCACCCCGUUGUUUCACCUUUACUGGGCUGAUAAGCUUCAAAUCCAAGUGCUUAGUCAGCAACAGGACGGGUGUAGUGAGACAGGACAUGCCUGGGCAUGAUCGCAGAGAGAGACAGACAGAGUCUGACGGACCAUAGGGCGUCUGUAGCCACACACGCUUUGACGUGUAAUGCCCGAACCCGCCCAGGUCAUGAUGAUCCUGCUGUGGAUUCUAGCCCUGACAUGUCUCUUUCUGUGUCUAUUUAAACUGUAAACCUGCCCUGAACCGGCUCCCACUUCUCACUGAGCUCAAGCACUUUAUGUACAGCUAGCAGACUAUAUAUAUUGAAGAUUCUGAUGUAGAAUAACUCCUUUACCUCUAUUUGCACAGAUAACUACCAAUAUGGCUACAAAAAGUUGUUUGAGCAGUUCUCAGAUCAGCAAGGUCGACAACGAAAAACUGGUGAUACCCAAAGUGCAGUUGAAAAGACUGUUAGAGGAUGCAGGUGCAGACAAGGAUGUUUUUACCAUGAAAGAGGUUAUGUUUUAUUUAGGGAAGUAUAUCAUGAGCAAGGAGUUGUAUGACAAGCAGCAGCAACACAUCGUCCACUGUGGAGAAGACCCUCUCGGUGCUGUCCUGGGGGUGAAAAGCUUCUCAGUCAAAGAGCCCCGAGCCCUUUUUGCAAUGAUCAGCAGGAACCUUGUUGGAGUUAAAAACCCAGCGACUCAGUCCACCUUCUCUGAACCCAGGAGUCAAAGUGAACCGGACAGAGGGCCUGGGGACACAGAUUCUGAGUCUCGCUCAUCUACCUCACAGCAGCAGCGCAGGAGGAGGAGAAGCAGUGAUCCUGAGGGUUCCUCGGCAGAAGACGAGCCCAGAGAACGCAGGAAGAGGCACAAGUCAGACAGCUUCUCCCUGACAUUUGAUGACAGCCUGUCAUGGUGUGUGAUUGGCGGCCUGCACAGAGAGAGAGGGAACAGCGAGUCUUCGGACGCACAAAGCAACCCUGAUGAAGGUAUCUCUCACAGUGAGGACAGUGAAGAGAGUGAGAACUCUGAAUCUGACUCUGAUAACUUCAGUGUGGAGUUUGAAGUGGAGUCCAUUGACUCUGAUGCUUACAGUGAGAACGAUGAAGAUUCGGUGCCGGGAGAGAAUGAGGUGUAUGAAGUGACAAUCUUUGCUGAGGAUGAAGACUCAUUUGAUGAGGAUACAGAGAUAACUGAGGCAGAUUACUGGAAGUGUGCCGAGUGUGACGAGCUCAACCCUCCUCUACCUCGACACUGCAAAAGCUGUUGGACCGUCCGCCCCGGCUGGCUUCCAGACAUGCAGUCCACCAGUGAAAACAACUUUAACACACAAAACAGCACAGAACACACCAGCAUAACCACACCCCCCAGCACUGACCGCAGCUCGGCCUCGUAUGCCAAACUGCUUCCUUCGAAACCCUCCAGCCCUCUCCUGGAAAUAGAUGAAGGAGUGGAUGUACCCGAUGGCAAGUGCUUGCAAUCUCCUGCCAUGGCCAGAGACAAUCUUCCCUCUCAAAACACAUCAUCCCAGCCCUCCACCUCUUCAGGGGGCAGCAGCCAGGAAGAGACCCCUGAGCUGGAGCGCUACAACAGCCUGGAGGCCUGUCUGCCCACCACCUGCCUCGAGCCAUGUGUAAUCUGUCAGAGUCGUCCCAAAAAUGGCUGUAUUGUCCACGGAAGAACUGGGCAUCUUAUGGCAUGUUAUACAUGCGCCAAGAAAUUGAAAAACCGUAACAAGUUGUGUCCGGUGUGCCGAGAGCCCAUUCAGUCAGUCGUACUGACCUAUGUGAGCUGAGGCACAGUUAAUAUACCUCCUCGUCUUUCCUCUUAAUUAUGUUUGGGAGGGUCAGAUGUUGCCUUGCCUUGUAUUAUAGUCCCUAUAAUUAUUUUGUGUUAGUCAAUUUGUAAAAAGUUUAUGAAUUUAAAGAAUUGUAUUUAUAACUUUUUGACAAAUGAGGUUUCUCUUACAUGCUGGGUAGCAAAUUCACACAGCUAUGUGUUAGGGGUUGGGUUGAGUUUGGGUUAGAAAUGAAAACAAUUGCAAAGAUCGCAUAACUAAUCAAAAUGUAUAAAUACUUAAGAGUGUAACUUUUUUUAGUGAAUUGCACAUAAGCAUCUUGAUUGUAUAAUUGUUAAUUUAUAUUCAUGCUGAUGUAUAGGUUCCUUCUGAUGUAAUAUUAAUUUCAUUUGUUUGCUGCACUGAAUUGUUCCUGAGUGUUAGGGUAACCCAUGUGAUGUUUAAACACUGUGUUUAUUUGGAGUCCCACAGAAUCCGUACACCUACCUUAUCCCAAAACCUAAACCUACCAUUUAAUAUAACCCUAAACCAAACCAUAAUAACAGUGAAUAAGACUCUUGCGAGACAUGGGCUACCUUCAAGACACAGCCGAGUUGGAGCUCCUUUAAAAAUGUCCCUCCUCUGGAAGGAAAUACACAAUUUUCUGAGUGAGGCAUAAUGAUUAUUUCGAUGCUCCUCUUAGGAGCACUAUAAAAAACAGUGCUAUAGAAAUUCAGCAUUUCUACCCCCUCUAUUUUUAAUUAUUAUGCUUUUGAUUUUCUUGAGUGUAAUGGGCUUUAGAGUAGUGAGUGGGCAUUGGGGUGGCAUGAUUUGCGGCAGUUAUGAAAGCUUUUAUUUGUUGAUCUGUACACAGUGGUCACCAGGAGAUCUUUGGUUACCAGGGAACCCACUUUUCACUCAAUAUCAGGAGACAUGUUCUGACCUGUCGUCUCUCUCUCUAAUGGCAACCUGGCACAAACAUAGUCUCUCAGCUAUAUAUUUUAUUAUUAUUAAAAAAAUAAUAAUAUUCCCACUCGUAAUACUCCCAAGGGCUUCCAUAGCUGACUAUUGUGUAGUUGGUCAAAACAAGCACAGUCUCAUAUUUCUGUUUUAUAUAAAUGGUUUGCAGUCAUGAGUGUAUAGGAGUUACACAUUCCCUCCGCUAACUGUCUCACCAUGCUCUGUUUAAAGAAUGGUAAAAUUUGCUUUGAAACCAUUCACCAUUGUAAAAUUUUGUUAAUUGACAUGGUGAGAAUCUUGUGUGAGCCUUGUUUGCCUCGUGACCAAUUGAUGUAUUCUACCAUGCUGCAGAAUACAUGAUUUUGAUGUGAUGUUUCUUUAAAAAUAGUUUUGGAGCAAGUUUUAACGAUAUGAUAGUAGAAAAGCCCUAUUAAAAAUGCAGACUUAAUUGAAAUUGUGUAAAACCAUAGUAACAGGUCAAAAAAGUAACUAUCAACAAAUAAAAAAAACUUAUUGUAUAAAAACUGGAAUGAUUGCUGUAUUUGUGUUUUUCAUUAAUAACA